CACCGGACCUGUCGUUCAUCCUUUUGCGUUUCACUGAGAAAAAAAAGAAAAAAGAAAAAAAAGAAAGAAAAAACAACCAUAUGGACUUUGCAUUGGAGAUUCGCGCCGCUACAUAGUUCUGGGUCGUUUUUAGACUGAAUCAUGCUGAAGAAUAACGGAAAGAAGACAGCCAUCUCUGUGGCCAGCACAGCAUGUCUCUGCCUGCUGCUGCUCCUGGUCGCCGUGCAGCAUCACCGGGUCCAGGUGGAUGGGGAGGCGGGCGCAGAGGUCACCGGGACGCGCUCUCUUCCCCAAGGUGCCGCGCAGGAGGAGGAGGAGGAGGGGGAGGCGCAGCUCGGGGGCGCACGGGUCAAGAAAGGAUUCUCGGCGUACUUCACCAAACUGGCCCGCGGACGGAGGGAGGUGGAGAGGCCCGCGAGCUCCUCCGCGUCCAGCGUGGGGACGCCUCCGGCUGAGGACAUCGGCGCCGAUGACAUCUUCAUCGCUGUGAAGACCACCAAGAAGUUCCACCGGUCCAGGCUGAAUCUGCUUCUGGACACAUGGAUCUCGAGAAACGCGCGCCAGACUUACAUCUUCACAGACGGAGAAGAUGAGGAGCUAAAAAAGAAAAUUGGGAGUCAUGCAAUCAACACCAACUGCUCUGCAGCUCAUAGCCGACAAGCUCUGUCUUGCAAGAUGGCGGUGGAAUACGACAAGUUCAUAGAGUCGGGAAAAAAGUGGUUCUGUCAUGUUGAUGAUGACAACUACGUGAAUGUUCGGACUCUGGUGAAGCACCUGUCCCAGUACCCCCACACCCAGGACAUGUACAUCGGUAAACCCAGUCUGGACCGGCCCAUAGAGGCCACAGAGAGGCUGGGGGACAAUAAGAUGAAACCAGUCAACUUCUGGUUUGCUACUGGAGGAGCGGGCUUCUGCGUGAGCCGGGGCCUGGCGCUGAAGAUGAGCCCGUGGGCCAGUGGCGGCCACUUCAUGAACACAGCAGAGAAAAUCCGUCUGCCCGAUGACUGCACCAUCGGCUACAUCAUCGAGUCGGUUCUCGGGGUCCCACUGACCCGCAGCAACCUGUUCCACUCCCACCUGGAGAACCUGCAACAGGUGUCGAGAUCUGAGAUUCACAAGCAGAUCACCCUCAGUUAUGGGAUGUUUGAAAACAAGAGCAAUAUCAUCAAUUUGAAAGGGGCUUUUUCUGUGGAGGAGGAUCCAUCCAGGUUCAAAUCUGUGCACUGUCUCCUGUAUCCAGACACCCCAUGGUGCCCCCCUCAGGUUGCCUUUUAGGGCGACCGCUCCUUUCUCAUCCUCGUCCCCGUCGUGCCUCGGUAUCUGAAAGGCUCGAGGGGACCAGUGUUUGGUAUUAGACCGCGCGGCUGCUGUAUUCUUGCUGCAGCGGUGCACGGUCUUUGAGAGUUUUAUUGGGCUGCUGUGCGGCCCGCCUCGUGACUAUUUCUUCCUGCCACGGAGCCAGGACCUGCCCCCAUAAUGCUCGGGCGGAGGACUCCAGCUCUCGGCAGGAAGUAGCUUUCAGCGUUAAGCUUUGAAGGCAACCGUUUGAGCUUUGUGAUGUAUAUGUUGCUUGUAAAUGUAUCUGCAAUUCUCAUAGAAUGUAUUGUCAUAUAUUCAAGCCUUUUUUGCCAGCUUUACAUUAACACUUUUUUUGUUUUAGCUUUCGAAAAUGUAGAGCCAUUCAGGUUUAUGUUUGUCGGCUUUUUGGCUUUUGCAUAAUUGGCUUUUCGAGGAAUUUUUGUUUAGAUCUUUUGAUCCAGAUGACUCCGGACAAACGCACUAAUAUGAAGAUGUUGUUGUGCUUUUAAGUUAACAGUGUUAUUUCUACCACAAACCUGAGCUGGCAGUAGGCAGAUUUCAAAGAGCAUCCCUUUGGUGACCUAAUCUGAGGUAUAUCAGGACAAAGCACUUUUCCCUUUUGGAUAUUUUUUCCGGUGAACUGACCUAAUUUACAUCCUUUAAUGACAUGCCUCAGACAAAAGAAUAACCCCUCAAAAUCACGAUAUCUAUUCAUUCUUAUGUAUUUAAUAACACUCCUUGCAUUUGUUACAAUCAGGGAAAAAAUAAUGAGUGGAAGAGAUUUUGAUUCGGGGUUACAAUCAGCUUUUGAAUUACUAUUUUUUUUUUUUUUUUUUUAAAUUGCACAGCUGUGUUUCAAAUGAGCUGAUGUUUUGCUCCUGAGAAGAUGCUCCCCUCUAAAGGUUCAACAGUGGAGGAUUACUAACUCUAAGCCUGGGACGGAGAACCCGAAAUAGCCAAGAAAAAGCAGUUGGAACUAUGGUAUCUAAAUGAUAACCAUGUUUGUAAUCUGGGCCGCAGUCUAUAAUAGCUUGCACAAAAAGACUGGUGAGCCUCUGUUAUUAUUAUUAUUAUUUUUAUUAUUAUUAUUAACACGAAUGUUCUUUAUUUACACAUAAUAUCGGCUGGUUUACUGUUGGGGCCUGUGAGGUGAAAACUUAAGGAGAGCAACAUCAAUGUGUCCACAUGGAGGAGGUUUGUUCCCUCUGUGUCAUCUCUCACCCAUAUUGGGUUUCGCUGUACAUCUUGAUUACAGUAUUGUGUACUGUGCCUUCUGUUUAAAUGAGUAGUUAUUUUAGAAUGUAACCCCCCCCCCCUCCUUUGUGGUUUACAUACACUUUUAAUGACCUGGACGUGAUUUUUGUACUGCUUUGAACUGUGUGGUGACUAAAUGACUGUGGUGUUUAUUCUCCAGUAUCUGGAGGGUUCGAACAGUUCAUUCCCAAUACUGGCUUCUCAGGGAUUAUGAGCUGAUCGUGGUAUCAACUACCAAGGGACCCACGGUGGGACCUAAAACUUUGAAAUAAAAGUGCAUAACCACUGAGAAACUUUA